GGAAGCGAUCAUUUCUACCACAUGAAUCAUUUAUAACAGUGCAGUGCUUCCGAUAAGGACUACUUAUAUCUAUCGUUCUUCAGUUUCUUUGUUUUGCACAUGACAAAGUCAUUUAAUUACGUAUGUAGUGCAGAUUGGUUAAAGAGAUAAAGUAUUUGUUCAGACAAACAGACUACAGUGAUGAAGACCUGCAGCCCAGACAUGAAGCUCACGGCUCUCGUCAUCCUGAUGAUCAACAGCUACUGUGCCUUCUCACAAAUUCCUCAUGAAGUUCUCUAUGUUAUCGGCUGCUUCGAGGCUGGCGAAACUCAAGUUCAGUUUGAAUUUGAUGCUGAAGAGAUUUUAUACGUGGAUUUUGACAGAGAGGAGGUUGUGUACACUGUGCCCAGAUUUAUUGUGGAUGACGUAAGCAAAAUAUUUGAUAACCUGAAUGUAUUUAAAAAUGCCAAGAAAGCCAAGAAUGCAUGUCAACCAAUUUUGGAAGUCUACAAACUGGAAGAAAGAAGUCCCCCAGAAGAAACAGAUCCCCCUGAGAACGUCCUCUACCCUGCAGAUGAUGUCCAGCUGGGCGUUGAGAACAGCCUCGUCUGCUUCGUGAAUCAUUUCUAUCCACCUCACAUCAAAGUCACCUGGACCAGAAAUGGUCAACAGGUGUUGGAGGGGGUGUCACUCAGUCGAUAUUAUCCCAACAAUGAUCAAACCUUCCACCAGUUCUCCACCCUGACAUUCACGCCGAGGGAGGGGGACAUAUACAGCUGCACUGUGGAGCACUUAGCCCUGGACAGGCCUCAAACAAGGAUCUGGGAACCGAACUUUAGUCCUCACAGUGUUGGACUAGACGUGUACUGUGGAGUGGGCCUGACUGUGGGCUUGUUGGGAGUCGCAGCUGGGACAUUUUUAAUGGUGAAGGGAUACUAUGGACAGUUUUAGGGAGAUUAUACACAUGAAAUUGAUGAUGUUAAUAUGCAGGAAUAUUACAAUUUUGAAAAAUGCACAGAUUAUCCUCCUAAAUUGAUUUGGUUUCCUGAGAGGUAUGAAUAUCAGGUCUGAAAGAGCAACCUGGUCUCACAGAAAUCCGUGAAAUAGCCACGGAUUUCGCUUAACUCAAAAUCCGUGGAAUAGCCACGGAAUCACUCAAAUUUCCGUGAAACUGACACGGAUUUUGCUACAAUGCAAGUUAAUGACAGUCAUAUCCCGUGGCUAUUGGUUUGUUCCAAGUCACGUGACUUUCAAGGUCCCGGCGGUCAGAACAAAAAACAUGGCGGACAGUUCUCUCAUUUUUAGUGAAAAAUCUAUAUUUUGACUUAGUUUCUGCAUAAAAAUGGAUUUUGAUCACAUUUCUACGAGAAAUAUAUGUUUUAUUUUCUAAAUAUUCACUCAGUGAAUGUACAUAAUCACUUUGUGGUGAAGAUCUCGCCAGAAAAAUAUGACUGUCAUUAACUUGCAUUGUAUCGAAAUCCGUGUCAGUUUCACGGAAAUUUGAGUGA